GAUAGCAGCCGUAUGCUGCUGCUGAGGGAAGAGGUUUAAGAAGAUUAGAAAAGGCUGCUGACUGUCGGGCAGAGUUCACAAUGUAGUGUUACUGACGAUAGUCGAGGAAUGGAUCAAUUCUCCAACUAUAUUCUUGAAAUAUUAUUAACGGGGAAGUGUUUAAGGAAAGGUAAUCUUGAUUCUGCAGACCUGCUGUCCAGGAAUGGAGAAGAGGGGGAAAACAAAGAGACAAAAAGGACUGCAGAAGAGGAUGCAAGGAUGGUGGAGGCAAAGGAUUGCACACUGUUUGAGGCUUUGUGUGACACUAUCCUAUCAUCGCUGGCACUGCUGCAGAGUAGCAUCACUGAGCUUCUGGAUUUCAAAGAUCAACUGAUGAACCAUGCCCUUCCCACCAGCCUCUUAGCCCAUUUGGUCAUUACCACAGGGCGGCUUUUCUGCAGUGUUUCUGACAUGUGCACUCCGACCACCGAGUUGAUCCGCCUUGUACGUUUCUACUCUACUCCGUGGCAGCAGAAGAAAGAAAUCCUGGAGUUGUUAUAUGCAGACUGUGAGAGUUUCAGGAAAAAGCAUCAGCUGGGUGUGGCAGUGAGGCGACUGCAGCUACUUGAUGGUCAUGCCAGAUGGAUUGCUCGGGAACGUCAAAUCUUGAACUGGGAGAAGUUGUUUGGAAAGCUGAUGACUGCGAAGACCCAUGGACGACGGUGGAAGUUUCGAGUAGAUUAUCUGAAGAGGAAAGAUAGAUUAAGCCUAGAGUCACAACUAUUCAUAGGGACCCCAGCUGAGUCUGAGAUGCGGGAUGGACAGAUUGACUCAGAGCUGCACGUUGUAUCUGAAGAGACUGAAUCCCGACAGAGCCUGAUUAGCAGUGAGGAUCAAAAGGCUGAUGCAAAAGAAAGAAAUGAAGACGAGGAAGAUGAGAAAGAGGACAGUGACUUCGAGGAAGCUGUGGUCCCAGUGCAGAAAUUUUCAUUGGAGGGUGAAAGUGUCCUGUUAAAGAAGGACAUUGUUGAUGGAGAAGCACAGACUGAAGGACAGACGCAGGAGCAAGGAACCUGGACUGGUGACGCUCUCCACCAAAGAUUUCUCUGUGUGACAGUGACUAAAUUUUAUGGCGCCUUUGAGCAAGGUCUGUCCUGCCUCUUUACCUAUCGACAAGAAAGUCACCAGAUACAGCUUAUCCAGGACCCAGAGACCAAGCAGAACAAAAAAAUACAGAAACAGGUCAAAAUAAGUGCAGGUAAACAAGAUCUGCCUGUCACUGAGUCUACAUCUGGAAUAUUAAAAAUGUCAGAAGCAGCCAAGAGUGAUUUUGCAAAGUCAGCCAUGGAGUCUGUGCUGACUGGCACCCAAGGAGCAAAGUUUGAAUUGCUGAUGUCAGGAGAAAAGGAGGAUUUCUCUAUGCUGGAGGUGUUGCUUUACCGUAAUCAGGAAGGAGUGAUUGCCAAAGGGGAGUUCAGAUUGCCACAGAAUUUGGUUUCUGAGGAAGAAGUGCAGCUUUUGAUAAAAGAGCACAAUCUCCAGCUUGCCCAGCUACAGGAACUGCACGAGAAGGAGAUGUGCAACCUUCUGGAGUUGCUCAGAUCACCUGCAACAGACAGUCUUCUCCAGCAGAGCUUAAUGUCAGAUGUGGCAGAGAGGGUGCUGAGAUCAGAGAAUGCACAAUCGACAGCUGUGGACCAGAGUGGUGACACAGAGACAAAGGAAGGAAGGACAUUUAAUCGCUCAGAUCGAAGCUCCAGAUCAUCACAAACCAGUCCAAAACCACCACAGAAAUGUGCUGCUAAAAAACAGAAGAUGAGUGUUUGGGAGAGAAUGAAAGUGCUGGAGGAGAACAUGUGGAGAAGCAAACAGAGUGCAAUUGAAAAUCUUCAGUCUGAGACUCGUCGGAAUCUUGAGAAGCAGCUUUCAGUCCAGAAGAGACUUCACCUGCAUUCAGACAGCAAGAAAAAUGGUAACAGAAGCAAAGAUGAAAUCUGUUUUCCAGCACUGUUCAUGCCAAUGAAGGUUGGACAGGUUUUCACUCCAAAGGCUCGUUUGUACUUUCACCCAUCAGGAUCAGCUGGCUUCUUCCGCCUAACACAAGCACCAUCAGUUAUCAGCCUCCCGCCUCUGGGCAGCAGCACUAGGGUGUCUGUUCUGAAACUCCUGAACCCAAGAGUAACGUUGCCAAUAACCCCAGCUAUUGAGGGUAACCCCACCUCCAAAGAAGAAGAAAAAAUAGUCAACAAACUGAUAUCUGAGCCAUCCCCCAUAAAUCAUUCAUGAACAGGUGGUGAGGGUAGGCCAGAGGAGAAAUAUUGAUUGAACCAAGAUUUUGAAGAUAUGAAGACUUUCAUUAAAUCUGCUGAUGGUCCCAUUCCAUUUUUUUCCUCUUGUUCAAAAAUGCUGACUCUUGCUGGGAUACAGAUUCCAUGGAUACCUACAGUUGUCUGAUACCUUAUAAAAUUGGUUAUUAUUAAUGUGGAAGCCUAAAUAGUGAGUGUCAGCAGGCUGUUAGGUUGUGGAAAGCAUCACAGUCCUCAUCCUGUAUUGACCUGAUGGUCCUACACAUAUGCUUUGAUGAGGCAAUCAUUAGUGGGAAUUAUGGCUGUUUUGUUUUCCCCUCACUUCCCCAGGAUUUUCAACCAAUUGUAGUGCCCUAUCACUGACUCAGCUGAGGUUACUGUUGGUGUAAUGUUAAUUCCAUUCAUGGCAUGUCUCAGGAGUGAUAAGAGACAUCAGGAUUCAGGGAAGAGUAAAUUCAGAAGCAGUCAGAGAAAAGUCAAGGCUGUAGUGCAGAUUAACAAUUUAGGUAAAAAUAAGCAGAGGGCCAAGAAGAUAACAAAGGUAAUAGGGCGUUAGUGACUAAGGUGACAUCCGAGAAAAAUGUUAAAGAAAAAGGCACUGUAAAUGCGCAAAGCAUUCACAACAAAACAGGUGAAAUAAUAGCACAGAUAGAAAUAAAUUGGUUUGAUCUAAUUGCCAUUACAGAGACAUGGUUGCAGUGUCAGGGAGAUAUAAUAAUUCUCAUAACGUUAUUGGAAUUUAUUGUAAAAU